CUUCCAGUGUCAGCAAUAAUAAUAUAUAUCUAGCUGUUUGAUCUGCAAGUUUCAACCCAACUGCUAUGAUGCUUUGUUAGACCAAAAAUAAUGGAAACCCACGGCCGGUAGAAGAAACUUUCAUUUUGGUCGGAACAAAGCUUCUCUGAGAAGAUGAAGCUGCUGCUGUAACAACGACCGAGUUGCUUAAACCUGAAAUAUUAUAGCAGACUGGUGGCUGGAAAAUGAGUUCCAAAGCCGAAAAAGAGGUAGAAAAUGGAGAUCCAGUGGAAAGGAAGAAGGGGAGAUCUAUGGCUAUAAUCUUCAGAUGUGCAGAUUGGGUGGAUAUUUUGCUUAUGUUGUUGGGUACUGUGGGGGCUAUUGGGGAUGGCAUGUCGACAAACUGCUUGCUCAUGUAUGUUAGCCGUCUUUUCAACAGCUUGGGCUAUGGUAAGACCCAACAAAAUCAUGGGAAUUUCAUGGACAAGGUUGAAAAGUGCAGUUUAUACUUCGUGUACUUGGGAUUAGCAGUCAUCGUGGUAGCUUUCAUGGAAGGGUAUUGCUGGAGCAAAACCAGUGAAAGGCAGGUGCUGAAGAUUCGUUACAGGUAUCUGGAAGCUGUUCUCAGGCAAGAAGUUGGAUUCUUCGAUUCUCAAGAAGCAACUACUUCAGAGAUCAUCAACGGCAUAUCCAAAGAUACUUCUCUCAUACAAGAAGUUCUUAGUGAGAAGGUACCAAAGUUUUUGAUGCACGCAUCACAGUUCAUCUCAGGACUUGCCUUCUCCAUCUACUUCUCAUGGAGGCUAUCUUUGGUAGCACUCCCAACUCUGAUUCUUCUGGUUAUUCCAGGAGUGAUCUAUGGCAAAUACCUUCUCUAUUUGUCCAACAAGUCCUUCAAGGAAUAUGGAAAAGCAAAUGCCGUAGUGGAGCAGGCUCUUUGCUCCAUCAAAACUGUGUAUUCACUGAAUGCAGAAAAGAGUAUAGUUGACAGAUACUCAGCCAUACUGGAAGAGACGACAAAGAUCGGCAUCAAGAAAGGAAUUGCAAAAGGAAUAGCUGUUGGGAGUACAGGGCUCUCCUUUACAAUAUGGGCUCUUCUUGCUUGGUAUGGGAGCCAUUUGGUGAUGUACAAAGGAGAGAGUGGUGGCCAGAUUUAUACAGCCGGCAUUGCAUUUGUCAUGGGUGGAUCAUCCUUGGGAGUGGCACUGCCGGAAGUUAAGUAUUUCACAGAAGCUUCAGUUGCAGCCUCACGAAUAUUCGAUAGGAUCAACCGGACUCCAGAAAUCGAUGGGGAAGACAUAAAGGGACUUGUGCUGGACAAAAUACGGGGUGAAAUCGAAUUCCUUAACGUUGAAUUCAAGUAUCCUUCCCGGCCCGAUUCCAUCGUUCUAAGAGAGUUCAAUCUCAAAGUUGAAGCAGGAAAGACCGUGGCUCUUGUUGGUGCCAGUGGGAGUGGGAAAUCCACUGCAAUUGCAUUGCUGCAGCGAUUCUAUGAUCCGGAUGCUGGGGCUGUGCGUAUUGACAGUGUUGAUAUAAAGACACUGCAGUUAAAAUGGCUAAGGGGGCAAACGGGGCUUGUUAGUCAAGAACAUGCACUCUUUGGGACGUCCAUAAAGGAGAAUAUAACGUUUGGGAAACUUGACGCUACUGCUGAUGAAGUGGUGACUGCAGCAAUGGCUGCAAAUGCUCACAAUUUCAUAAGGCAGCUUCCACAAGGGUACGAGACCAAGAUUGGUGAACGUGGAGCACUCCUAUCAGGUGGACAAAAACAAAGAAUUGCGAUUGCCAGGGCGAUUAUCAAGAACCCUGUCAUUCUUCUCCUUGAUGAAGCAACCAGCGCUCUUGAUUCAGAAUCAGAGAAACUUGUGCAAACUGCCCUCGAUCAAGCCUCCAUGGGAAGAACAACCCUGGUUGUUGCUCACAAGCUCUCAACAGUGAGAAAUGCAGACGUCAUUGCAGUUAUCAGCGGAGGCUGCAUCACCGAAUUGGGUUCACACAAUGACCUAAUCAACAGGAAAGAUGGCCACUAUGCAAAACUGGCAAAGCUUCAAAAACAGUUCAGUUCUGACGAUCAAGAUCAGAACACCGAGCACUGCGGCUCUUUGGUGGCUGCAAGAAGCAGCGCCGGCAAGCCAAGCACCGGCAGAUCAAGCCCAUUGGCGUUUCCCACACCAUUAGCCAGUGAUCAUGAUCCAGAAACCAUGUCUUUGCCACCACCUUCCUUUUCCCGGCUCCUGUCUAUUAACUCUCCUGAAUGGAAGCAAUGCCUAAUUGGAAUCCUUUCGGCCGUGGCCUUCGGCGCAGUGCAGCCUGUUUAUGCCCUCACCAUCGGUGGCAUGAUCUCAGCCUUCUUCACGCCGAAUCAUGAAGAAAUGCACGCUAGAAUCCGAACAUACUCGUUCAUUUUCUCCUCUCUCUCUCUGAUUUCAAUUCUUGUAAAUAUCUCGCAGCAUUACAGCUUUGCUCUCAUGGGUGAGGAGUUAACGAAGAGGAUCAGACUAAAAAUGCUUGAGAAAAUAUUGACCUUUGAACCGGCGUGGUUUGACGAGGAAAGAAACUCCAGUGGAGCACUGUGUGCCAGUUUGAGCAAUGAGGCUUCCAUGGUGAAAUCUCUUGUGGCGGAUAGAGUUUCUCUUCUGGUCCAGACCGCCUCGGCCGUGACCGUCGCCAUGGUCAUGGGACUAGUCGUGGCGUGGAAGCUUGCAGUUGUUAUGAUCGCCGUUCAGCCGCUCACAAUCCUAUGUUUCUACACCAGAAAAGUCUUAUUGUCUUCGAUCUCGACCAAAUUUGUCAAGGCUCAAAAUCAAAGCAGCCAGAUUGCAGUGGAGGCAGUCUACAACCAUAGGAUCGUGACUUCGUUCUGUAGCAUGCAGAAGGUUCUCCGACUUUUUGACGAGGCGCAGGACGGGCCGAGGAAGGAGGCGAUAAAGAAGUCAUUGCUGGCAGGAGCUGGGAUGGCGGCGGCUCAGUGUCUGACUUUCUUGUGCUGGGCACUAGACUUCUGGUUCGGCGGGAGGUUAGUGAAUUCUGGGGAGAUAUCGGCCGGAGAUGUGUUCAAGACGUUCUUUGUGUUGGUGAGCACCGGAAAAGUGAUAGCUGAGGCCGGGAGCAUGACGUCUGAUCUUGCUAAAGGGUCUACGGCUAUAGCGUCCCUUUUUUCCAUCCUUGAUCGGAGGUCUCUAAUUCUAGGAUCUGGGGCCGGAACCAAGUUGAAGAAAAUGGCCGGCGGCGUUGAGAUGAAAAGGGUUGAUUUUGCAUACCCAAGUCGGCCGGAGAGUUUGGUUUUACGGCAGUUUUGCUUGGAGGUUAGGCCAGGGACGAGCAACGCUCUCGUGGGGAAGAGUGGCUGCGGGAAGUCGACAGUGAUCGCUCUGAUCCAGAGAUUUUACGAUGUCGACAGAGGCACCGUGAAGGUGGACGGAGUCGACAUAAGAGCUCUGGACAUCGGCUGGUAUAGAAGGCACAUGGCGCUUGUAAGCCAAGAGCCGGUGAUAUACUCGGGAAGCAUCAGCGACAACAUUAAGUUCGGGAAGCUUGAUGCCUCCGAGAGUGAAGUUGUGGAAGCUGCCAUGGCUGCCAACGCUCACCAUUUCAUCUCAUCACUAAGAGAUGGGUACGGAACAGAAUGCGGGGAGAGGGGAGUGCAACUGUCAGGAGGACAGAAACAAAGGAUUGCAAUUGCGAGAGCAAUUAUCCGGAAUCCGACCAUACUGUUGCUAGAUGAAGCAACCAGUGCUCUGGAUGUUCAAUCGGAGCAAGCUGUGCGAGAGGCUCUGGACCGGAGCAUGGUCGGAAGGACAACGAUAGUGGUGGCACACCGCCUCAGCACCAUAAAAACACUCGACUCCAUCGCCUUCGUCGACGACGGGAAGGUGGCCGAACGAGGAACAUUCGCGCAACUCAAGAAUAAGCGAGGCGCCUUCUUCCACCUAGCCAGCCUUCAAAAUGCCUAA